AUGGAAAUGUUGUCCCUAAAUAUAUUAUCCUACUCGAAACCAUCCGAGUAUCAGGUCUCGGAAUUGCCCACUCCAACUCUAGUCAACUCAAAGGAUGUGAUAGUCAAGGUAUACGCCGCUAGCAUUAAUCCUAUUGACGUCAAGAGAGCUGAUGGCGCUUUGAAACUCGCUGUGAAAGACCCUUUUCCCUACAAAAUUGGCUACGAUUGUGCCGGCGUUGUUCAAGAAACUGGGCGAGACGUGAAAAAGUUCAAGGUCGGAGACGCUGUGUAUAUUAGACUCCCUGAAAUUUCCCGGGGAUCAUGCAGCGAAUUUAUCAGAUGCUCUGAGGAACAUAUCGGUCUUAAGCCGCCGUCGCUGUCUUUUGAGGAAGCAGCCUCAAUUCCAUUAGCAGCGAUGACCGCCCUCCAAGCUCUUCGGCUAUACCGUGGCGACCUUGCCGGAAAAACUGUCUUUGUGCCUGCCGGAUUGAGUGGUACCGGCUUAUUUGCAUGCCAACUUGCCAAGCAUGUAUUCCAUGCGGGUAAGGUCAUCACUACAGUCUCGACUGCGAAAAUCCCGAAAUUAAGAGAACUCCUGGGUGAAAACACUAUCGAUCAGGGUAAGAUCCCAGAUCUGGCUACCAUUUCCGUAUUGUUCUCUAAAACGUCUUUAGUUAUCGACUAUACCAAUUCCGACCCCAGGGAUGUGAUUGAACAUGGAACAAUCGACUUUCUCUUUGACACCGUUGGCCUUUCUAUGGAGCUAUUAUGUCUGAUGCGGCCAGGAUCGAGCCGUAUUGUAUCAGUCUCUACUCUACCUUCUGGAAAUCAGCUACAGGAUUCACCUCUCAUGGACCUGCCUCACAAGCCCACUAUUCCGUUCGCCUUUCGGAUGGGACUCAAUCUCGCUGAUCAGGUUCGAAAGGUCAGAGCACGCCGUUAUAAGACAGAGUACUCCUACAUGUUUCUCGUAUCGUCUGGUAAGAGCUUGGAUGAACUGACGCGGUAUGUCGAAGAUGGGAGACUCAAAACAGUGGUGGGAUCAGUCGUCGACUUGCAAGACAUUGAAGCCGUGAGAAAGGCUUGUGGGACUGUUUACAGCGGUCGGGGAGGAUUGGGGAAGCUGGUAAUCCGCGUUCGAGGCUCCGAGUAG